CGUGGCGGCGGCGGCGGGAGCCUUGGCCGCCGCCUCCUGCGUGCCCUCGCCGCCCCGAGCUGCCCCAGGAUUGCGAACUCUUGCCCCUGACCUGUUGGGCGGGGCUCCGCGCUCCUGCCCUCGGCCCGGAUGGGUCUUCUGGCUGGGACUUGGGGCUCCUGGAGUUAAUGUCCAGCUGGGGGUCUGCGGAGACCAGAUCCGAGGUGCCGCGGCCGGACUGGACUCUAAGAUGAAGUUAUGGGAUGUUGUGGCUGUCUGCCUGGUGCUGCUCCACACCGCGUCCGCCUUCCCGCUGCCCGCCGGUAAGAGGCCUCCCGAGGCGCCCUCCGAAGACCGCUCCCUUGGCCGCCGCCGCGCACCCUUCGCUCUGAGCAGUGACUCAAAUAUGCCAGAGGAUUAUCCCGAUCAGUUUGAUGAUGUCAUGGAUUUUAUUCAAGCCACCAUCAGGAGAUUGAAAAGAUCACCAGAUAAACAAAUGGCCGUCCUUCCGCGGAGAGACCGGCACCGGCAGGCCACGGCGGCUGGCCCGGAGACGUCCAGGGGGAAAGCUCGGCGGGGCCAGAGGGGCCGAAAUCGGGGGUGUGUCUUGACUGCCGUCCAUUUAAAUGUCACUGAUUUGGGUUUGGGCUACGAAACCAAGGAGGAACUCAUUUUCAGGUACUGCAGCGGCUCCUGUGAUGCAGCCGAGACAAUGUAUGACAAAAUAUUAAAAAAUUUAUCCAAAAAUAGAAGGCUGGUGAGUGACAAAGUCGGGCAGGCAUGUUGCAGACCCAUCGCCUUUGAUGACGACCUGUCCUUUUUAGAUGAUAACCUGGUUUACCAUAUUCUAAGAAAGCAUUCCGCUAAAAGGUGUGGAUGUAUCUGACUCUGGCUCCAGAGACCGCUGUGUAUUGCAUUCCUGCUACAGUGCAAAGAAAGGGACCAAGGUUCCCAGAAAAUGUUUGCCCAGAAGGGAAGAUGAGGACCAAGGAGGUGGAGGAGGAGGAGGAAGGCAGCCGUUGUGGGAGCCUGGUAGAGAGAGAUCCAGCUACAGAAAACCGGACGGGAGAGAGGAAACAGCCGUCCACCUUCUCCCGGACAGCAGCCGACGGCGGCAGCAGCUCAGGGCUGGUGUCCUGGUUGGGUGUUGCCAUCUUUCCAUCUGAUACAGUCCACCGGCACUGGUCACAGGCGCAGUUGCGGAUGCACAUGAAACCAAACCAGUGUGUCUCCUGUGGUUUGUUUUCACAUGUCAGGAGUCACCAGGGAAACAGUCCUCCUGGUGUCAUUCCUUGUCGUUACGUUUUACUGCUGAAAGCAAGAAAGGUUUAUUUUUCUGUCACUCAAUGGAGACAUACCCCGGAAAGGAGGGAAAAGAAGAAGAAAAAAAAAAAAAAAAAAAACAAA